GCACUUGCAAUGCAAAUACAUUGAAAUUUAUGGCGAACGAGGGGGAGGUUUCUCGCUGAAUUAUAACUCGUAGACGAGUUAUGUAGUCCAAAAAUGCUCCAUAUAUCAAGAGAAUCAAUUCGACAUACAAUACCAGGAUUACAGCAAGUUUUAAAUCGGUGACUGCGGCAAAAUCGCGGAUAAUUUCCUUGUGGUGUUGAGACUGUCGCAGUACAACUCCCUUCUACGUUCUACAUUAUACAGGAAACUGGCUGAUCAACCCAUAAACAGCAACCUUAUGAACAGAUUUGUGUGCUUAUACCCUCUUCGUCGCUACAGAAAUAUUUUUGUUUUGUGAACACAGCCAUCGAGCGACAAAAUGAGUAAGUUCAUGAGUUAGUUGUGCACUUAUUUUUUUUCCGAAUCGUCUUUCCUUUAAUAUCUAUUCACCGUGAUUCUCGUGUCUUCAAGCCUUGAGGCGGAAGAAGAGAUCGUCGUUGUCUAGCAUUUCGUAACGCUGAAGUUUUUAGCGCGACAGUGCUAGUCGUUUCUCGUACCAGUGGUCUUUUUCUCAAAUUUUAAGUUGGCAGAAAUAAGUGAGCAAAUACAAGCGGAGUCUUUUGUUUCCUUCAGUCGAAGGCGGCAUGAUUGCCUGGCAAAAUAACAUGCAUGGAAUUCUGUCUCGAAUAUUAUCACAGCUCUCGUGUUAAUCCUUCGGUAGUGACAAUAUAUUACAUAAAUCUGCGCGAUAGAUUCAUUCGACUUGCGUCACGGGUUGUUAGCUGGGGAAAAUCAAUGUAAACAGUCCUCAUGUCGUGCCGCUUGUACUUGAGAAACUCUUCAUAGAGUAUGUCCACGUGAAUACAAAUCGAAACCUUUCAGCUUUUGAACGUUUUCUUACUUCCGAACAGCGCAAAGCUCCUUUCAAUUUCGCCCAUGUAGUCGACAAGUUUAGGAUGAUACAAUUUAAGUUGACGAGAGAAUACUUUAUUGUUUUUGACGUUUCUUUAAUCGAGUCUCUUCCAGUUGCCUUUUUGACUUCGAAAUACCUCCUAACAAUUUGAUUCAAUUGAGUUCUCAUGCAGUUGAGUUAAGUAGAGGCUCGUCUGAUAUCGGACGAUUUGGUUUCACAGGGCGAUAAGGGUGACUGCUUUCAACGCGUGAAAGCAAUAAUCCUAUUUAUGUUUUCUCAAGAAGUUGUAAGCAAUGAGUGGUGAUAUGCUGUUCAGUCAAACGUCUAAUCACGGACUACGUUUACAUUUAGUAUUGUUAUUGAAAUGCAACGACAAAUUUUCCUUUCUGGAUAUUUUUUUCUCGUUGAAGUCUUUCGUUCUUCUUUCAAUCUUCUAGAUGAAGUCAUCGCUACAAUUAGCUGCUAUACAAGAACAUUAUUAAGAUAACUGAAAAAUGUUAAACAAAAUCUCUGCUAUUGUUUACUGCCUUAGGCUAAUAUCACUGGGGGCAAUGCAAUGGCACUAGAAUCUAAAAAUUUAUCAACCAGGUGUGCACAAUUCUUGAUAAAUCUGUUGAUAAGAAACUAAAUUUAUCAAACCUAGUCAAAGUGCUAGGAACAGUCCAAAAUAGGCCUUUGCUUGUCUUAUACUUCUCAUCCAUCCACUCUCAAAGCAUCUUACUGAGAAUCCUAGUACUAGGCUUACAAAACAGCAAAAAAAGCCAAUAUAGUGAUGACACAGAAUUAACUAGAAACUUCACGAUUCUGUAUGUGUGAAGAGUGAAAUUUGUUCAGAAUUUAUAAUUUUUUUAAGAUGAAGGAACAAAAGUUACCUAUCUAAAAUAUAUUUUUUGUGUGCAGUUACACACAGCACAAUUACCAGUAGUAAUGCAAUGUUACUGGGUGUUUUCUUUAAAAAUGAGUUAAUUUGAUUUUUGAUUACUGAAUAAACAAGAAGUUAUUUUCAUUUGCACAAAUCUGCACUUUGUCAAGGUUGUUGACUAAAUUAGAACUGGUCCCUAUUUGAAAGAACAUGCACAUCUAAAUUAAUUGAACUAUAGAGAUAGAAACAUUAUUAACAUGGUGUGUAUCUCAGUAAACAUUGCCUUCAGUUGAUAGUAACUGGAAGAUCUGAAACUACGAUGCUGAUGGUCCAUUGAAAAAUGAAACUCAAACAAUAAAGUUACUUAGAGAUUCAGGGCUGGUUAUUGACAUGAGGUCUAACCCAAGAAGUGGUUUUAUGCAAGCAGUGGGUCUCAGAGAUUCUUUCUAUGAGGGUUGAUUUAAUUAAUUAAAUGACCUUCCACUAUUAGUUUCCAUCCCUCUUGAUACUGUUCAUAAAAAUAAAUGUUUAGAUGAAAGGUGUGGUUAAAAUAAUUGGAGAUGUCUUAGAAUGCAGUUUUGUUCAAUAAUGGCUAAACUUUGUUUAAAUAACUGGACUCAGUGAUUACAACUGUGCACAUUUGCAUGGAAAGAUGCGCCGUUGUGCAUUUCACAAGUAAUACAUGUAGUUUGGUUAUAUCUCAUCAAUCACAAUCAUCUAAAAAAUAGAAACAAUUCUAUUUCCAACUUGAUUUUGGACACCCUUUUUAAAUAGCCGGUACGUUAGUAGAAGUUUGGAAGAUUGGUGAGGGUUUACUAAUAUAUAGCUUUUUGUUCUUGAAUUUUAUUUAGGUUUAAAAAAUGAGCUAUUUACAAGGCUAAAAUAUUUUAAAAAGAAAACCAAACAAUUUUGACACAAGGUCAUCAACAGUAUAAAUAAUGGGAAAUUUUACCCUGAUGAUUGACCCAGAGGUGAAAACAUUUCAUUUUUACUUUUUAGAUAUUUUAACCCAGUAAAUAGCUCAAUUUUCUUGUAUAGCUUUUAACCAUCUACUUUUAUUUUCAGGCUUUUCAUCUGAGAUAGAUGAAGACUACGAGAAAACAAGAAAUCAUAUUGUGGCAAAGUAUGACAGAGUAAGUUGUCCUGAAAUCUAAAAUACAGCUGUGUCGCAUUAUAGAAUGUAACUUUGUAGUGAUGAAUUGAACUUUAACUAUGCAACAUGGUUUUCCAAUCUAUGGAAUUGUUGCUUGAAAGAGAAGGAGAAAUGAAAAUAAGAUAUUCAAAUACAAGAAUUGUAAAGGUACCACUUAUUCAUGUAUGUAAAUUACAUGAAUGUAUUCUCUGAUUUUACUCUUUCCUUAAAGUGAAAAUGAUGCAACAUCCAGUGUCCGUUUCAGAUUCUUAACCCUUAAACUCGCAAGAUCUGAUUAUUAAUUCGAACUCACCUCUAGCUGCUAGAUAUUUCCUUAAGAAAUUAAUGUUAGAUCAGGAUAGCAACCUCUUCAUCAAUAAGUUUGAAUAUUUUCAUCACUUGUUUGCUGGAUAAUGUAUUAAUAUUACAAGGAGAGGUUAUGUGUGAAUCACUUUUGGGAUUUAACUGGUUAAAGAAAUAUCUGAGUAUUUAUUCUGUUAUUUUGUGACCUUGUAUGAUACAGUUUUUUUUUUCAAAGUACUCUGGUUUCUUGGCUCUUUAAAAGUACUACAUGUAAAUAUAGUACUGAUAAAAAGACUGAAAAAUUAAUUAUUGUCACUCUUCAAUUUUAGGGUUACGAUGAAAAUGCUGAAAUUGAUGACUGGGAGGAUGCAAACUUCUUUGUGUACAAAAUAACUGAUAGAUAUGGAUUUCUUCAGUAAGUGUUUAAGCACAUGUACUCUUUGAAUUUUUUUGUUGUAACAUAUCCUAACCCCAAAUUUAUUAUAUGAUUUAAAUUUAGAAAAAUGAGGUGCAUACAUAGGCAAAAUAAAAUAAUUGUUUGUUAAAAGGUUGAUCUAAGGUGUGGCAAACUUGGUUGCUUUGGAAAUGUUGGUAUUAUUGCUAUUUCAGAAAACACCUACAUGGUACAGUGUAUUAAGACAUGCUGGGUAUUAAGACUUACAAUUUAUGUGAAUUUGGUUGAAAUGUGCAAUGUAAUAAUUAUGCAUAAUUCACAUCUGUAUUUUGUGUAUAUUCUUCUUACUGUUUUGUCAUUAUUUGAUUUUUAAAAAUUCAUUUAUAUUGCAGCAGAAAUGACCAACCAGAAGGCCGAGACGAUAAGGUACUCACAAUAUUAAAGAGGCACACACUCAGUGUUUGCGUGUCACAUAAGAGUUACAUUGAGUAGAUGUGUUGUCUAAAAUUACCCAGUGCCUUCUACUUUAUUUAGAAGGAAUUUGGACUGGACAUAAAUGCCUGGUGGCCUGUCACCUUGUGGUUGUGUGCUGCAUUACCCUAGAUGAACCAAAGGCUUUUGGAGUCACCAUUUUGUUUUUCAUGAAUUUUUUGUAGAAUCUUUGAUGAAGUAGGAACCAAGAGUUAGUCAUGAGUACUGAACCUGUGCGAAAGAACAUAUUAUUUGCCACCUUUGUGGCACAGUAAGGCAUUAUAUCUUGUACAAUAUGCAAGUGAAAUUAUUUAUCUUUUUUAAAAGCCUGCAAUUAAUUUAUGAUGCAUGUAUUCUUUGAUAGCUUAUAACAUUAGAACGCGAGAGGGUCCAAAAAUGGGUCAAGAUGACAAAGAACUGGGACAAAUACUUAAAUGGGGAAAAGGUAAAGGAUUGAUUGCUGCUGUAUUAUUUACUUAAGAUUGGGCCUUAGAAAUAUACUUUUGCCAUGCUUUAGAAUUAUCCCAUUAAUAAGCCACAUACAUAUAAAUAAUUGCUAGCUGUGAUACUUGAUUGAACUAAAUAGAUAAAUUUAUCUAAGUUUUUUCCUUGCUAAUUACCUUUUUUCUUUUACCUUGUUAAUGACUAUUUUUGUCAAUUGAUAAUAAUAAAUGUUUAUUAACACUUUUAAUAAUGGGCAAUAUUUCUGUGGCAUACUAUAUUGUCUAUCCUCUUAAACAAUCAUAGGAUUCAUUUCAUGAUGGGCAGAAAUUUAUUUAUUGAUAUCCCAGUUGAUGACAACAAAAGGUCUGUGUUUUGUAGUUAAAAUGCCUGUCCUCAGAAAGUCUUUUGUUAUGUUGUUCACAGAUCUUACAAAUGUAACUUUUUUCCGUUUGAUUUGUAAAUACUCUUAUAUUCAACUUGUCAGUAAAUGUUUUUCAGCUAAGGAGACGUAUCUACAAAGGAAUUCCAAAUUCUAUGAGAGGAGAAACCUGGAAAAAACUCCUCCAAGUUGAAAAUGUUCCAAACAGGAGCACUGUCUACGAGGUACAUGAAUCAACAGUAAAUAAUUUAUGUUUCCAGUUAUUUGUGGAUGUAGCACCAGUUUUGAGGGUAUUUCCACCACCUGUGGAUUAUUUGCAUUGUCAUGAUAACAAUGAAUUUAUAUUUUUUUCUAGUCCAUGAAAAGGAUUGCCAGAAAUCAGUCUCCAGACAUUCGGCAGAUUGACUUAGAUGUCAACAGAACAUAUAGAGAUCACAUCAUGUUUAGGGAAAGAUAUGGAAUCAAGUAAGAACAUUUAAGCACAUGUUGCCAUAAGGAUUUUAUAUAAUCCGUGUGCAUGUAACAGUGGUUAGAGUACAGAACUAUCAUAAAAAUGUUCUGUUUUGUCUCUUUGUUCAAUUUUAACUGCGUAUAAUUAAUGUUUGCGCUUACUUUUUCAUCUUAUAGACAGCAAGCAUUGUUCCAUGUUCUUGCGGCAUAUUCCAUGUACAAUGUGGUAAGCUUAGGUGUAUUGAAGAAUGGUUUUUAAGGAAUUUCAAAUAACCUGAAACAAUCAUUAGAAGUUCCAAGCAUCAAAUUGUUCUUAUGUCUUUAAUUCGGACCAAUGUCUGAUUAUGUUACCAAUGUUUUUCUUAUUUUAAGUAAAUUUGGAAAAUGCAGGGCAUGAAAUUAAUUUUUUUUCUGAUAGCCACUUGGCUCCUAAAUUCUUCAAAGUGGUAACCAAUUCAAAAAAAGUUAGUCGCCAUUUUUAAAGACAAACAAAACCCUUUUUUUUUUGCAAAUCUUUUUAAUUCACUUUAUUUCUGAGUAAGGUUAUUAUGAAACAAUCUUGUCAGCAAUUUGGUGACUAAUUUUCAGGAUUUGGUUGCCAAAUUAGCCUGUAUUAGGUGCAAUUCCACGCCCUGAUAUGUUACCUCAACAUCCACUAAUAGUCUUUGACAAUAACAAAAAAAGCCUCUAAAUGUAGGAACAAACACUGGAAACUUAGAAUUUUUGGCAUCAAUCAGUUUUUUUCAUUGUACAAACCAAUGAUUGAUUACAUGUACUUCUGGUGUGAUAGGAGGUAGGCUACUGUCAAGGCAUGAGUGGGAUAGCCGCCUUGCUGUUAAUGUAUCUUAAUGAAGAGGUAAGUGCCCUUUCUUUCUUUAUUGGGUGCUUGUCAUAUACAUUAUACAAACUUUAGCCCUAGUGCUUUAGGUUAAAUUAUGCAGCAAGUGGUGUACUUGUGAAAUGAUCAAUCUAGAAAUGCUUUUGUACAUAGGUGAAGCAAUGUGGCCAAAAGCUUUGAGUUUAUUAUUCAACGGUAGUUUUUGUUGGUAAAAGUGCUUUUUAUAUGAAGGUAACACUUUUAAAGAAAUGAUCCAACUCUGUUUUAUAAUUCAUUUUUGUCUUUCUUUUAGGAUGCUUUUUGGGCAUUGUCUGCACUCCUCACUGACAAGAAACAUGCCAUGCAUGGUGGGUAAUCCUCACACAUCCUAACUCCUUUGCCAAUUGUUUUUUUUUGGGGGGGGAGAGAGGAACUACAUUUAUGUUUGUAACAUUGUAACAUUUAUAACAUUUGUAACAUUGAAGGAAGGGAGUAGAGGAGGUCCUAAGAAGUUAAAUUCAUUUACUAAAUAGAUGUACAAUGUUGUAAGCACCAUACAGUGUAGCUACAUUAGAAUUUUUAAGUCUAGAUAAGGGUACCUCUAUAAUGUGGAGGCCUGUUGACCCUUCAACUCCCAUCUUAUUUUUAUUGAAAUUAGAAGGCCUGUCUAAUUUACAAGGAAAUUCAUGACAGUCAGCAGCAAGAAUGACAUGUCUUUAUUGGAUCCUGUGGUGAAAGGGUUCAUAGGAAAACUGUGUUUCAUUUUGAUUUUCAUACAUCAGGCACAGUAUGAUAUUGGCAUUAUUUAAACUGACCGCGUGUUUUAAAUGUUAAUUGCUCUUUGUGUUGCUGUCUUUUUGAGUGCUGCAUAAGUAAUUGGUGGGAAUUGUAUCUCCUACUACUGUUGUAAAGUAUGUAUUGUUAUAUUUUUUCCUAUGUAAGGUUUUUUUGUACCUGGCUUUCCAAAGCUGAUAAGAUUUCAAGAGCACCAUGAUAAGAUUUUAAGGAAACUUUUGUCAAGACUUCAUAAGAAUUUGGUAAGUUCUUAUCUUAAUUAGGUGAGUGGCAUAUGUUCAUUGUACUCAUUAGUAAGAAAUUCUGAAGUACUGUAUAUUUUGAUAUUAAAAGCAAUGCCUAGGUACGUUUCCCAAUUUUCAUCAGGGUCUUUUAAGUCUAGGUAAUAUCUUCAUUUAGUUUACUGAUGAUAACUCAGGUACAUGUACUUGUCAUCAUACUUGUCACUGUAAGAUACAUGUGCAUUGAUGAUUGGCGAUGCACCAGUGGGGUUUUUAAGAAUUCUUGUUCUUGAAAGGAAGAAUUCCUGAUUCUUGUGGCAAGAGUUUCUGAAAUUGCUAUUCUGUUUGUAAGAUUUGCAAUUAAACUUUCUUUCCAGAAGAACUUUCUGCUUCGUUGCCUGCCAAAAAGAAUUCUUUUUUAGUUGAGAAAAGAAUUCUUGUUUCUGACAGCAAGAGUUUCUAAAAUUGCAAUUCUAUUCAUAAGAUUUAACUCCCAGAUCAAAUUUUAAACAGGCAAUUCUUAUAAUGUUUUCAGAAGAAUCCCUAAAUUGAUAUUUUUCUAUUUCACUUAUCUGCCUUGACAUUGAAAGAUAAAAUUUUCCGGGUUCUUGGGAGUUAAAGGGUUAACCAUUCUUUCCAGAAGAACUCUCUAUUUCAUAGCCUUCUAGAAAGAAUUCUUGUUCUUAAGAAAAGAAUUCCCAGUUCUUGUGGCCAGAGUUCCUGACAUAGAGAUUCUUCUUGAGAUAUUCAGAUGUAGUGCAUUCUUACCAGAAGAAUUCUCUUCUAUUUAAUCUUUUUGCAAGAACUUCAAUUCGUCUUGAAAUAAUCACAAUAAAAUUACUCUUUUGAUGAGAAUUUUGGUUCUUAACAGGAGAAAUUACUAUUAGGGGAAAUUAGAGUGUUAGAACAGUGUAUGUAAUAGUUACCAGAGUACCUCUUUCUUGAGUGUUCAAUUUUCUUUGUUUUUUCAGGUUUGAUUUACUGGUGCUCGUACUAACUUUGCUCUUUUCUCUAGGAAAAAGAAGGUUGUUAUUCAACUCUUUAUACUCUGAAAUGGUUUAUGCAGUGCUUUCUGGACAGGGUAUGCCGUAGUGCUAUUACAUGUAUAUGUAGCCAAAAAAAAUGGAGAUUUCCUGAGAUUGAAUGUUGUACUUUGUACAAAGAGAAUUACUUCUACCUAUGAAUGAUGAACUGUAAAGUUUGUGGUAGAAAUUAUUAAUGAAGAUCAAUAAUAUAAAUUAUUUGCAAGUAGUUUUUUAGUAAUAAAUUUUAUGAUGCUAAGGGGGUUUUUUUUAACUAGAUUAAAGCAUUAUGCAUUUGGUUGCAGUCUGUUUGGAGUGCUGUCUUGAGAUUUAAGGCAUCAAUCAGUAUUUUUGAUUUAAGAAGACUUGUUUGUUAUGGUGCAUUCCAAAGAACUGAAAAAUAUCUUCAGAAAUUACAGUUGAGAUUAGACUCAUUUUGUAUACUCUUGGGCUCAGACUUAAUGUUGUUUCAUUUGCCAUCAAAGUUUUUUGCGCUGCGAAAAUGUCAUGCUGAAAGGAGAAAACUGUUAUAUAAUUAAAGAGUUCUUUUACGUGAAUUUCUAGGUGCCAUUUACAUUAACACUUAGAUUGUGGGACAUAUUCAUGUUGGAAGGGGACCGACUGUUGACUGCUAUGGCCUACAACAUCAUGAAAAUGCACAGAAGUAAGUUAAUAAAUAUAUAGAUUUAGCCAAGCCUAAAAGCGGAGCUCGCAUUUUUUUUUCCCGCACGUCUCGCCUAGAACCCGGGUCGUCCGACUCGGAGCCCGGUGCACUGACCACUGGACUACUGAACAAAGCCGAGGCGUUGGCGUGCCCGCGGUACAGUUGACCACGCAGGUUAAAAGUAGCACCUUGUACGGUCGUGCAUCCAAAUUUUUUCGGCCCGAUGGGUUACUACUAUUUUGUAUAAUUAUGGGGCUACGCUCUGCGAGCUCCGCUAUGAUUGAGUGGAUUGAGUUGUACCUACGUGUAAUGCUGGAUGCAUCCAGUCACUUGCUGUCUAGCUGUCUGACUUAUCGACCGACUAGCGAGUCUGUCUAAAUUUAUUUUAGAUGACCAGACUUACAAACCAAGUUUUUCAUAGAGUAAUUUGUUGACGGGUGGAAAAACUUUGAAGAUCUUGACUGUUUGAUAAUUUAUAUUGCCUCCAUCACUAUUUAACGUGGUAAAUUAUUGGAACCCUGACUACCAUUUUGUACUGCAAUGGAUACUCACAACAUAUACAAUGUGUGCUGUACUUUUAGUUUGGUCAGAAGAUGAGUACAUGUAGCUGUUUCUUGAGUGUAACCGCUAAUUCUUGAAACUAGUGAUUUAACUUAUUGAAUUCAUAGUUUGUGCGCAUACAUGAAGUGACACUUGGUGAUGUAGAUUUGAAUAGUGUUGGAACAACUUUCGAUAAAUAAAUGAGUUCAACGGGAUUUGAACCUUUGAUCUUGUGAUCCUGCUGCGAUGCACUUAUCAACUCGGCUGUAGUCUUUCUCCUCACAGGAUUUCUGAUCCAAAUUAUUCGUAGCCUGUGAGAAGUCCUUAUCAUUAGCGCUGCAGAACGCGCGUUUCUCCGCUCACGGUAAGAUUUGAGACGAGUCGAGGAGAGGUUUGCAGGGGGCCUGGGGGCCUCAUUUUUGCUAGACCCUUUGCAGACCUCUGGCUUGCUUCUGCUGCUGGUGUUGCUGAAGGCAUCAUACACUCCCGUAGGCAAAAAGAGGCUCGUGUGAAAGUGCUGACAAUGAGGCCUACUCUUAAUAGGUCCAGUGUAUGAUAAGGGCUGUCCCGCUUUGUUUCUUCACAGAAAUCUUCAUAAAGAUGGGCCUCGAGGAAGUCGUUCAGUUCUUACAAGAGAAAAUGCAUGCAUAUCACUACGACGACGAUGAAGUAAUCGAGUUGCUCCAGGCUGCGAUGUUCGACUUGAAACGUUUGGGAUUGGACACUCCACCUGCGCCCUCCAGGGCGGAGUUCCCGUCUCUCCCUCCGGGUGCUUCAAUAAAACGAGGCGUCUAUCAAACAGCAUCUGCGCGUGCACGCAAGAACAAAGAGAAAGACAAAAUUAUCCGCGUACCCAUGGACAGGCCUCCUUCGCCAGUCUCGCCGGAAAUAUCACCUCUUCGUGGCGUUCUGACGAAUUUGUCGCAUUCACCUCCAUCUAAUAUGAAUCGUAGCGAGACGUCUGUUUCGACAUUUCCCGGUACUCCGACGGAAUACCGAAGUGAAGCAUCGGUAUCAACGAUAAUAGAAAUCAAGCGACACCCUCAACUACCUUCGAGUUACCGAGGAGACUUGAAUAAUCAGCGCACAACGCACGACGACCCUCGAUGGUUAGAUCAUCGGAAGAGCGAUGGACACGAGGUGGAGAUCUCACGGUACAAACCACCAGAUGGACGAAUAGUGUAUCAUUCCGAGAGCGUUCUCCCCUCUUCCGACAGCGUUACGGACGGCAGCAUGCGGAGACGAAGAACCACCGAAGGUUCUUACAACUCGAUGUCAACAUUUAGGCCAAUCAAUGGAGACGUGGAUGCGCUUGUGAUGGCUUCCAGGCCCGGCGGCUCACCUGUUUGGAAACAUCACUCGAACGAACACCAGGUCACUUUAACUUUAGUUUAAGCUAGCUUAACAGGGACAGGCGAUAUUUUAUUCUGCUUCUGUGAAUGAGGCUCGUCACGUGCUCAUUAUUCAGUAGAUAACAUCGAUGGUUCUUAAUUCAAUCGAGUUCCAUGUCCGUGUACACAGUUAAGGUAGGAAAGGUUCAGUAUUAACUCCUUAAUGCAUUAUCCAGUGAAUAAGUGAAGAGAUUAGACGAACUAAUCAGCUGGGGGUUGUUACCCUGACAAAACACCAAAUUCUCUCCACUGAUUUGUAAGGAAAUGAAUGGUCACUAGAGGGGCGAGGUACCAAUCAGAUCUUGAGAGUUAAUAGGUAAGGAACCAAUAGGGAAGUUCAGGUGACCCUCGAGAGUUUCGUAGGUUUGGAAUUAUGGGGCCAACAGGGGAUUAGCAAUUAAGGUCGCGUAAGCGCUUCGCGUUAAUGGGUAAUGGAGGCUUCAUUUGUAAGAAUAUAAUCAAAGGCAUGGCCUUGAACAAUCAAAGUCGGCAAUAUGUAUUAAAUUGUCAACAGAUGUGAAGACAUCAGCUGUCUUUUGUAUGUAUCAUCUUAUGACUUUCUUUUUCUUUCCAAAAGUUCGCCAAAUGUGCGUUAAAUCUGAGACGAGUCAUUUUAUUAAGGCUUUAUUUACUCAGUUUUCUCAGGUGGCCAGGUUACAAUUUUACGAUGGAAUAGACAACUGCUUGUUUUACAUUUGCAUAGUUUAUUAAUAAUUGAGGAUUAGUUUAUGCGUUCAAAUUUCUUAAUCUGAAUAUUUUUAGCAUACAGAAGUAUCUUGGACGUACAGUAAAUUGACGAAAUUUUUAGCUGCAAGGAAUGCAAGAUUUUGCGAGGAUAUAGUCUUUCGGUGAAUUUUUAUCAGCGUCAGUUAUUUAAGUUGACCAGGUUCGGAAACACUUUGGAAGUACUCAGUGAAAUUCCUUUGAAAUAAAUUCGAAUUAUCUGAGCGUGCUGCUUCAGUUAUACGCAUAGUAUUUUACAGAGAGCAUUUAUUUUAGUUUCAAUCGUGAAUUAAUUGGAAUAUUACGCAAUGGACUUUUUUUUGCUACAAUAAAAGCGAAUUUUAGAAUUUUAGAAUGGAUUUAGUAUUCCAAGAAAUUUCUCAACGCAGCGGCCAUUCUUCGAAGUCAUUCAUUGUGUGAAAAACUUUUUGUUUCCUAUUUUUAAUAUUAACAUCUCUGUGCGAAUGCCUUGAAUAGAACUGACUUGUCACUCAUGUUUACACUUUCCAAACGGGAUUAAAUAAUUUUCAGUUUUGAAUGUAAGAAUUGAUUGUCAUCACCUUUUUUUUUCCUUUGUUGACUUUUCUCUUUUUUUAAGGAGUAUAAUCUUAUGAAAGAUGCUACGGAUUUACUUGAAAUAUCUCCGGAUAACUAAAAACCUCAUAGCACCACAGCUUCUUAACUUUCUUUACAGUAAACCAAUGCUGCUCCUCUUAGCAAGCACAUGCGUUGGCUUAAGUAGCCUAAUAUUCUCUGAAGAAAAUUCCAUGACUUAUGCCAAGUAACACAGCUAAUUUCCGCAUCAGCAACUUUCCAAUCUAACACUUUUGUGCGCGUAUAACAUUUCCUAGAAUCAUUAGUGGUGCGAUUUCAUUCCUUAAACAAUGCAUGCGGAGUCUCAGAGAGCCUACGAAUCUUAAUGUUUUGAUAUCUCGCCAUGAACCAAUUAGUUAUCCUAAAUUUGUCCCACGUGUCUAAGGAACUGACUCUGUAAACUAUUGCACUUUUGGAGUUGAGUGUCUUGACAGACUACUGGACGCAUGCACAGUGGUACCAUAUCUUUGCACGCCUAACCUCCUGUUGGCACCAUAAGCAUUGGAAACACUGUAGAAGAUAAAGGCAAGUGAAAUUUCAGUGAAACUUUCUACACUUCUGUGCAUGUAGUUAACAACCUUCCACUCGUCACGCACUACACAACUAGCGGCUCAUGCUUUCUGUAAUGUCUAACUCUCACUUCUAACCUUCUAACUGAUGGUUUUCAUGAUGGUAUGGUUCGUUUUGAAUAAUUUCUGUUUUGACUUUCUGACUGACCAAUCUGGCUUUGCCUAAAACGAAAGCUUUAAUGGGUCGUUGACGCCUUUCGAUGUAUUAGUAAUAUGUACUUGAAUAUAUUAGGUUCUCGCCUAAAUUGCGGAGACAUGUUAUUAUAAGGCUGCUUGCUUCAUUUUCUUCCCCUAGUUUUUAUGAAUGCUCUUUAUUUCGUUACAGAGGAGGAGCUUGCGUAGUAGCCGGGCUGGAAGCCAAACCAGUGUCAGCAGCAGGAACAGCCAAUUCAGUUUACAGAAUGUCACGUGGGAAGCUUCUAAAACCAAUCUGUUUGGUAUCACGGAACUUUGACUUACCAUGCUGGGAUCCCGACAGAUAAUUAGUUUUUAAUGUUUAUUUAAACCUUGCAUCACCCAUGGCACUUCCGUACAAAGACAUUAUCCCUCUUCCUUUUAUUACAUUGAUUUCAACGCCCUAUCCAUUUCCCUUCCAAACUUUUACCCCCUCGAAAGAGACGAGCCCAAAUGUGUAUGGACGCUUAAGCACUUAAGUGGUCGAAUUCAGCAACAGGCAGCGCAGACGAUCUUUUUCUUUUCCACUCGCUUCUUAAAUACUCAAGGAUCUUUCUGAGCCGACCGUGCCUCCUUAACCAUGAUGAUCAGCGGGGAAAAAUUUGACUGCGGUGGCAGAAGCAAAUUGUAAUCAAACCCCUCAUUAAACAAG